AAAAUAAACACAAAUCAAAGAGAAGAAGAAACAGGAGUUUUCAUUGCUUUAUCUUGUUAAGAAUUCUGGAAAGUUAUAGAGCAAGUUAAGUGGUGUCAGGUUGUGAGAGGACGGCUUGCUAGUUAUCCAUUUGAAUUCUUUUUUACAGUGAUGUUGAUGCCUUAAAAACCAGGCAUUCAACUAAUUAGAGGCUUCUCUGAGCUUUUUCAGACCAAUAAUCAGAGAGCCCUGGAGCUGGUUCUUUUAUUGUUUGAGUUGCUUAAGAACUUUGGAAGGAAGAUUGGAGGUUGGCGAUAAAUUGGUUUGUGCAAGUUUUAUAAUGUUAUCUGUGACAGAGUGAAGUGGGGAAUUGUUUAAGGCUUGAUAAACUUAAGUGGGGUGUAGUAUACUAGUAAUUUAUUUAGCCAGGCAAAGAAACGUACAGAAGGAAAGACAAAAUUUUUGAAUUGUUUAGACUUUCGACCUCCCAGGAUAACAAGUUCAGCAUGUCUGUUGCUUUGCUAUGGGUUGUUUUACCUAUCUCAGAGGUCACGAACAGCAUUGCAUUCCUGGAACCGGUACGGGAAGGAAGCCGGCUUCUUGAUUCGUCCAGGUUCGUGGGUCGGGGUAAAAACUGCUUGUGCAAUGGCAGACUUGAGAAAGGCAAGCAACAAAGGUGGAAUUCUGGCUAUCUUAAUGGAGAUUCAAGAAACUGUUGCUUGGGAGGGUCUAGGUUGAAGAACCGAGGCAAAUUUUCUGUGAUUCCCAAUGUAGUGGUUAGCCCAGCUGGAGAAAUUGCCAUGUCUUCAGAGCAAAAGGUUUAUGAUGUGGUUUUGAAGCAGGCGGCCUUGGUUAAUAGACAAUUGAGAUCUCGAGAAGAUUGGGACGUGAAGCCCGAUAUUGUUCUCCCAGGAAAUUUAAACAUAUUAAGUGAAGCUUAUGAUCGCUGCGGUGAAGUAUGUGCUGAAUAUGCCCAGACUUUUUACUUGGGAACAAUGCUAAUGACACCUGAGAGAAGAAGAGCUAUUUGGGCGAUAUAUGUUUGGUGCAGGAGAACAGAUGAGCUCGUUGAUGGGCCUAAUGCAUCACAUAUAACUCCAACUGCAUUGGAUAGGUGGGAAGCGCGAUUGGAAGAUGUCUUUAGAGGUCGUCCUUUUGAUAUGCUUGAUGCUGCUCUUUCAGAUACUGUUUCCAAGUUUCCAGUUGACAUCCAGCCAUUCAGAGACAUGAUUGAAGGAAUGAGGAUGGACCUAAAGAAGUCAAGAUACAAAAACUUUGAUGAGCUAUACCUCUACUGUUACUAUGUGGCCGGUACCGUUGGAUUGAUGAGUGUCCCAGUUAUGGGCAUUGCACCAGAAUCAAAAGCAACAGUAGAAAGUGUCUAUAAUGCAGCCCUGGCAUUAGGGAUUGCUAACCAGCUGACUAACAUCCUAAGGGAUGUUGGAGAAGAUGCUACAAGAGGAAGGAUCUACCUACCCCAAGAUGAAUUAGCACAGGCAGGGCUUUCAGAUGAGGAUAUAUUUGCUGGAAAGGUCACUGACCAAUGGAGGAAUUUCAUGAAGCAGCAAAUGAAAAGAGCAAGGAAGUUCUUUGAUGAGGCAGAGAAAGGAGUGACCGAGCUCAACUCUGCUAGCAGAUGGCCUGUAUGGGCAUCGCUAUUGUUGUAUCGUCAAAUACUCGACGAGAUUGAAGCCAAUGACUACAACAAUUUUGACAGGAGAGCUUAUGUUAGCAAACCGAAGAAGUUACUUGCUCUGCCAAUGGCAUAUGCAAAGUCUCUUGUACCUCCAAGAACAUCAUCUACGCUAGCAAAAGGCAUGAGCUGAACCAUAUACAAGUUCACAUGCCUUUGAAGCUCGUAAACUAUAUAGUUCAGAGAAGAAGAUUUGUACAUUAGAAAUUAAAAUGCAGCUGCAAGCAAGGUAGAUAGUGAAUUAAUUGUGCCUGCAACUCUUAUGUUCCUUGAUAUAGAAAGCCCCUUCGACGAAAAAAAUUUCUGGCCCGGUGAAAUGUCACUUGUUGAAGUAGCCCUCUAAAUCAUCUUGUCGGGAGAUUA